CUUCCGCCUUGGUGCCCAGUUUUAAGGCGCAGCCCCGGAUACAGGAGGCGAGGCACGAUCGUUCCGGCCGCCUUGAGAGGCCCUGGCUGGCCGUGGUCCUCGGGAUGCGGCGCUCGCGAAGGAAGGAUGCGAGCGGCUGGCCCCGCGUCCACAACAAUGGAGGCACUAUAUGAUGGCACUGAAGUAACCGUAGUAAUGGAGGAAAUAGAAAAUGCAUACAGCUAUGCAUCUCCAGUCCCUUCUAAAAAGAAGAAGAAAUACAGAAGUCCUGGAGAUCAAGGGGAGAAAACUAAAAAACCCAGAUCUGCAUACCUGCUAUAUUAUUAUGACAUAUACCUGAAAGUUCAGCAAGAGCUCCCGCAUCUUCCUCAAUCUGAAAUUAACAAGAAAAUCAGUGAGAGCUGGAGGUUGCUCAGUGUGGCUGAGAAAAGCUACUAUUUGGAGAAGGCAAAGUUAGAGAAAGAAGGUCUAGACCCGAACUCAAAGUUAUCUUCCCUGACUGCUGUGGUUCCAGACAUUCCUGGUUUUCGUAAAAUCCUCCCUCGUUCAGAUUAUAUCAUUAUUCCUAAAGACAGUCUCCAAGAGGAGAGGAGCAAGCAGCAUUUGGAACUCUGCAUGACCCAAGGUCAAACAACAUUGGAAGGACUAACGACUGCUACUAAUGUGACAAGUGUUUCCCAUGGUACUGUGCAGAAUAUAAUCUCUGUGGACUCUGGCCACAUUGGUGUUUCUGAGCAGUGCAUUGCCAUUGAAGGUCUUUCAGAGGACCCAGUCUCAUUUGUUCAGUCAGACUCAAUAGAAGAAGUUGUUGCAUCAGAGAUCUUGUCUCAUUAUGUCAGACCAGCUUCACAUAAGGUAGCUGGAGAUAUCCUUCUGGAUGAGACCCCUUUGGAAGUAAGUGAUGGCUACCCCUAUGAAGGAGCUAGUGUGGUUAUUGAAGAGACUGUGGUUAACAGUAUGGAUACAUCCAGUGGGGCCAUUGCUAUGACACAACCUCAGACUUCAGAUGGUAUCUCCGUGGUAACAGUGGUGACCAGAAGAGACAGAGAAGAAAGUAAUUCUUCAACUCCCACUACACAGUUCAUUAUGCUUCCUUUGCCAGCACAUUCUAUUUUGGAAAAUCCAUCAUCAAUCAAACUGACAACUACCUACACCCGCCGAGGGCAUGGAAAUUGCUCCAACCCUGGUUGUACAUUUACUUAUGUGACCAGACACAAGCCACCCAAGUGCCCCAUAUGUGGCAACUUUCUCGGAGGAAAAUGGAUCCCAAAAGAGAAACAGCCAAAAGGCAAAUCUGAACCAAGCUCAGGUAUGCCUGUAAAAACACUGGGGCCCAAGAGAGAUCAGCAGCCCUUAGCCUUGGGACAGACUGUGGUUCAAGACAGUGCCUCUAAAUCUACACUGGAAAGCUCUGAAGCAGUCACUCAGCUUCUGAACGCAAUCCCUGCUGUGGGGCAGGUCCAGGAGGCUGAGUGGGAAGAAGUGAUCAUCUCUGAGGCACACAUCCUUGCAAACAAUGUGCAGCCAGAAGAGCAAAGACGUGCUGCUGCGGUUACUCAGCUUCAGGAGGGCGUAGCACAAGUGGACCCUCCCUUAGAACAGAGGGAGGAUGGGGCCUUGGAAAUGCAACCACCCACUGAAGCAAUGGAUAGUGCCAAUUGCCUUCCAAAUCCAGCUUCUACCAUGAAACAUCCAGUGGGGGUUGAUGCUUUUGGUACUGCCUCCAAAGGGCAGGAGCAGAAGAGCAAAUCAAGAUCCAAGCCAUCCUUGCUGGCUGCUGCAAGACCCAUGAGGGCAAUUCUGCCUGCUCCUGCCAGCGUAGCAAGAGAAAUCAGUACAGAGCAGCCCUCUAGCAGGCAGCUAUAUACAAACAAUGAGCAAAAUUCCUCUGUAAGGAUCUCAGGACUGAAGCCUAAUACUUUGAAGCAACUGGGUCAGACUCCCCUUCAGCCCUCCAGCACUGAAGAGCACAAGCUCCAUGGCAGCACAAACAGUUCAACAUCUCACGUCAAAGUGGUGGAGGUCAAACCAGAUAUAUUUCCUUCCUAUAAGUAUAGCUGCACUGUAACCUUGGAUUUAGGAUUGGCAACAUCGCGUGGCAGAGGGAAAUGUAAGAACCCUUCUUGCAGUUACAUAUACACUAAUCGGCACAAACCAAGGAUAUGUCCCAGUUGUGGCUACAAUCUUGCCAAAGACAGAGCUGAGAAAACAGCAAAAUCCCUGGAGCUCACCUCUAGCCCUGCACUUGAAUUGAACACCAGUGAACCACUAAUCCAGUCUCAAAAAGAGAUCCAACGUCAAUCCACUCUGCAACUUCUGCGCAAAGUCAUACAGAUCCCAGAGAACGAAUCAGAGAUGUCUGAUGUUUUUGCUCUGAUUAAUGAACUCAAUAGCUCCAGGCUUAUCCUGUCCAACAUGAAUGAGGAGACAGUCACCAUUGAGCAAACCUCUUGGUCAAACUACUAUGAAUUUCCUUCAUCCCAGUGCCUUCUCUGUAACAGUCCCUUAUUCAAAGGAGGACCAAAUUCUCUUGCAGGCCCUCAGGAGUGCUGGUUGUUGACAGCAAAUCGGUUGCAGGUGGUCACUGCUCAGCUCAAGGUGUGUGUGAAUGUGCAGUGCUUGGCUCUCCAUAGCUUCACUGAUAUCUACACUGGUUUGUUCAAUGUGGGUAACAAGCUUUUGGUGAGUCUUGAUCUUCUCUUCACUAUAAGAAAUCAUAUUAAACUUGGUGAAGAUCCUAAAGUGGCCAUCAACAACAUCUUGGAAUCUGUGCAGAAACAAACUGAGAGAAACCUGAGCCUAGAGGAGUUGAGUCAGCUUGAGGAGCUGCUGUGUAAUGGCUAUUGGGCCUUCGAGUGCCUCACUGUCCGAGACUACAAUGAUAUGAUAUGUGGAGUCUGUGGCAUUGCACCAAAAGUUGAGAUAGCUCAGAGAAAUGUGGAAAAUGUUCUAUCACUGAAAAACAUUGAGUUUACCUGGCCAGAAUUCUUGGCAUCAAGUGAGGUUAAUGUGGAAGAUUUUUGGUCCACCAUGGAGACAGAAGUGGUUGAGCAGGUGGCAUUCCCUUCCAGCAUCCCUAUCACAAAGUUUGAUGCCUCUAUCAUAGCUCCUUUCUUCCCACCACUGAUGAGGGGCAGUGUGGUUGUCAACACGGAAAGAGAGAAAAACCUCGAAGCACAUACAGUUCCAGGUAAUGCUAGUGUUCUAGUGAGGCUGAUUCAGGAUGAAAUCUGUAAAAUGGAACAGAUUGGUUCUUACAGUGAGGAAGAACUACAGAAUUUCUUGACCCAGUGUAGCAUUCCUUGGGAGGCAGGAGAGUCCAAGGAGCAGCUCUGCCUUUCUCUUCUGGCUCUCUAUGAUUUUGUCCAGAAUGGGACACAGAUUAAGCAACCCCCAGCACAUUUCACAGGAGGAAAAAUCUACAAAGUGUGUCCACACCAGGUUGUGUGUGGCUCAAAAUACAUUGUCCGAGCAGAAAGCUCCCGGGACCAUGUGGACCUCCUAGCUUCCUCACGCCACUGGCCACCUGUCUACGUGGUAGACUCUGCCACUUCUGUGGCACUGUGUGCAGAAAUCUGCUAUCCUGACUUGACUGCUCAGAUGUGGGGGAAGAACCAGGGUUGCUUCUCUGAUCCAACAGAGCCUUUAAGGUAUGUGUCCUGCCCAGAACUUCUUGACAGGCACUACCAUGUGGACAUGACCAGCACUGAGCAUGCUAUUCAGCAUCCAGUUACCAAAUCAGCCUCUCGCCGCAUUGUUCACACUGGAAUAGAGGAGAUCAGUCAGAGUGACCCAACAGGUCGCCACCGUUCCCUUUCCUUGUGCCGGGAACUAGAACACUACAGUGCUAUCAUUACAGCCAUCAGUGACAGCAAGACAAGCAAUGUCCGCCAGAGACCUAUUACCUUUGACAGUGCAACCCACUAUUAUCUCUAUAAUCGCCUGAUGGAUUUCCUCUCCAGUCGUGAGAUUGUGAAUAGGCAGAUUCAUGAGAUUGUUCAGAGCUGCCAGCCUGGGGAAGUUGUCAUCCGGGAUACACUGUACCGUCUUGGUGUUGCCCAAAUCAAGACAGAAAUGGAUGAAGAUGAAGAGAACCAAGGAGAAAAUGGUGUGGCAUAAUAUGCUGUGUUGUAGCUAUCUUGUACCCAGAGAUAUGCACAAGCUAGGCUGCAGAUGCUCCCGACAGUUUGCUGCUCUGAUCCUGAGCAGCUUUGACAGCUUAAAUUGACCACUCUACUGAAGUCUAGAUUGAGUUUUUGAUUUGCAGAUAGCUUACUGUAAAAGGAUGGGUUUCUCCUCCCAAGGAGCUGGGAGGUUCCCAGCCUAGCCAAGAUGGUGUGUUCUGAGGGAGAAGAGAGUUUUUGGUUGCCUCAAAUGGCUGGACAGAGAAAGCAAAUGGAUUAAUAGAAGACCUUCUUUUGGAAGUGUGUGCAUUUUGUGGUUUUGAGUUCCUAAGUAGAAAAAGGAGCAUAAGAGAAAAGUAGAGUGUAAGACUUUUAUGAAUCUCCCAAAAUUUUAUCCAGAAGGGGAAGCCAUAAUAGACCAAAGAAUAUUUGGACCCCAGCUGCUACUCUUCUGUUCAGAAAAGAACUUUCAGGCUGACCUUCAUGUCCCAUCAGUAUUGAAGGGGUGAGAGCAUGUCUGUUCUUAUGCCUCAUUCUGCCUCAACCUGAAGAGACACUAUACCUUUAUUUAGUGGUUGAAAACCAGAGAAAGCUGUUCUUAAUGGCUGUCUGUAUUAAGGUAAUGGUUGGACUAGAAAGCUAUAAAUGCCCAGGCUAGCAUAAUUGUUACAAAGAUUCUUCAGGGAUUUGUACACUUUGAAUUAAACAUCUAGACCAGUGAUGGCGAACCUUUUAGAGACCGAGUGCACAAACUGCAACCCCAAACCCACUUAUUUAUCGCGAAGUGCCGCGUCCCUCCGACUUUCCAAUAACAAACUCUAUGCUGGGGUGACGGCACAUGUGCCCAUAGAGAGGGCUCUGAGCGCCACCUCUAGCACGUGUGCCAUAGAUUCGCCACCACUGAUCUAGACUCUUGAUCAGGAGAAGAAUUUCAGGCACUUUACUUUAUAUCCUAUCCAUGGACGUAAUAGAUUAUUGUCUAUUCCUUUGUCUACAGACAUAAUUGUGCAGUAAUUGGAGCCAGUGAACAGUCCAAGAGGAGAAGCUUUUCUGAUUACUUACAUCAUAAAAUUUGUUUGAGAGACUGUGUAAUACUUCCCUGUCAGGGCCUGUGCAAACCACUACAUGUUCCCCAAGUGCAGCGUUACAUAACUGACUUGGGGGAGUUUCAUUUUGUCAUACUUCCUUAAUAUUUUUCCUGAUGAAAUCAGCAUUAUUCCUCCUGUGUAAUAUAUUGACCCCUGAAACUGCUUGCAUUGUCUCCUGAUUUCCACUUGCUUUUGCCCAUCCAUAAAUCUGAACAAUUAUUUCUGCUACAUCUAAAAACAGGUGGUCAUGGAAUAUAGGGAAGAGUUUCCUCUGUAUUUUUAUUCAGAUUUGUGGUGUGGAUUUGAUAAACUUCCUUCUGUGAAGGAUUCUGGUGUGUACUGUGCUGUCAAAAAAAGGAACCAUACAAAACUUCUGAGCAAAGAUUAUGAUUUGCUGUUAAAAGCUAAUUUAUGAUUCACACUUUUUCAUUCAGUGAUAAACUUUAAUAAAUUUUCUCUUCCAGUGUUGGAGAGUGAAAAUAUUCAA